UGAACGACGACUUUCACGUUUUUUUAGAAAAUUUCUCCACCACCACCACCACCACAACCACUCAGCCCCUUCCGAGCCCCUGGUGGCAGGCGUAUCUGCAGAAGCGCUUCCAUUGCCAGCCAGAAGGAUCCUCCUCCAAGACCGCCCCUUCACAGACUCUAUGCGGUGAGAACCCUUUGCACACGGCACCAAUGCAUCCAUCACCCGCCGCAUCCAGGGUGGUACGGGCCGUGGACUCGCUGCUGCACGCCAUGGACAGGCGGUACAAAGCUACCUGUCCAGGAGCCCAAGGUUUCUGCCGGAACAUGACCAGCAUCGUUCUGGAAGGAGGCACUCGGCUGGCUGGUGUUCGUUUCGAGUACGAGGGCGGGAUCAUCAGCUUCGGCGACAGCGACAACAUGGAGCUGAGCCUGGUCGUGAUGAGCUAUCAGCCAAGCGAGCUUCUCCUGGUGGGAACCUAUCGGUCGACUGGACUUUCAAUGAACACCUCCAACGUCAAGUUCUUCACCAGCGGUGGUCUGCCCCUGACGCUAGCGCAGCCCAACUGGCAGUGCAGAGACUGCGCAUGCGUCAACGUCGUCACUGGCAACACGACGAGUGGAGGCGCCACUGCGGUCUCGGAUGAGCGCUUUCCUUUCCAGUCGGGCUUAUGGUGGUCGCAGCAAGGUGUGAUGGUGAUGGAGGUCUGGUCCUACGCGGUCCUUGGGAUUUCGGUGGCCGGUGCGCUGGUCACUUUUGUCUUCAUCCUCUUCGUCUUGUUCAAGGUGUGGCAAGGCGCCCUCGCCAAGCGUUAUAUCGGCCUGGGGUUGCUGCUGUUGCUGGCCGUGAUCCUCCUCUACCUGUCUGCCCUCCCGUUCGUCAUCACUCCAUCGCCGACAGUGUGCGGCCUCCGCUACGUGUGUCCGGCGCUGGCCUACGGCCUCUGCUUCGCCGUCAUCCUGGUCAAGCUGAUGGCGCUGCAGGACUACCGGCGGAUCGGACUCGGAGGCGAGCUGUCCGGGGUUAACCAAGGACUAUCCGUCUUCUUCAUCGUCCUUGUCCAGGUCUCCAUCAGCUUGCAGUGGUGGUGGUUCCACCAGCCUUUCCUGCUUCAAGCCGACGGCCCUCGGGAAGGAAGGAAGAGGUUCGCCUGCGACUUUGACCGCCGAAGCUUCAUCCUGUGCCUGGCGUUUGUCAUCUUCCUCGUCCUUCUCUGCUCCGUCUACAGCGUGACGGUCCGGAAGGAGAAGAAGAACGCGGGAGAGGCGCGGUUGCUGCUGCUGUGCUGCUGGUUGACGGCCGCCGUGUGGCUGACCUGGGUCUCCAUGGUGAUGGCGCUGGAGGCGCGCUGGGCGCCAUUGCUGUGCAGUGUGGGCGUGCUGGCCACGGCCUCUGCCGUCCUGCUCAUCGUCUUCGUGCCCAAGGUGCGGCUGGUGGCGCGCCUCAAGUACGAUCUGCACAAGAAACAUGCCGGACGCAGCGGCUACAGCGUCGACACGGACUUCCUGUACGAGCGGCCAUAUUCCUUGCCUGGCACACUUACCUCCACCUACUCCAGCAUCAGAACCUACCCCAAGAGUGUCACGGCCAACUUCGACUCGUCACUCAGUUACUGACCUUUAACCCGCCGCUCUGAGACACUUUCCACGGCAUCCACAGACGCUUGAGACUACUACAUCAGCGCUGAAACAACCAUUUCUGACAUCAUCAACAGACAUGUCCUUCGUCAAUUAAGGUGACCUCGUUGCUAAAAAUAAAUAGUUAUGAGGUCAAGACAGACUCGUCUGACACCAGCAGGGUGUUAGAGAACAUCAGAAAGGACAUCAGCGCUUUAAACAAAGACACCUGAGACGAAUCAAGUACUCUUCUGAAAUCAGAAGCUUGAGAGAACAUCAACAUUCGAUAAUGACAUCAUCAUCAUUCAAGGCAACACCUUUGACACGGUCGGCUCUUCAAGAUCCCGCCUGAAGUGGUGUUAACUGUUCAUCUUCUGACACUGCGAACUUUCUUGAAGUUAGCCAAAACUAACCACCUUCUUCCUCUCUGUCGUAUAGUUCCGACAAGGAGAAAUCUUCCAAAAAGUUUCUGGUGAACAUUACAAAAGAAAGAUUUGUUUUUGUUUGCUUGGUCAAAGACCCGAUGAACUGGAGAAAGACUGAACGUCACUCCAAACACUUCCAAGUGUUGUUGUGUGUACAAAAAACAUCUUACUGGAAAAUUUUGCUUAGUUGUUUUGAGAGACGCAGAUCCUCGACUGUGGAGAAGUUCCCGUUUUUUCCCCUGUAGAGUUGCUCUACGGUGAAGUCACCUCUUUCCCAUCUAGCUUGUGGUCAUAAAAAACGGGGCGGGGGGUGGGGAGAGUAUUUUGUUCCAAUUGUACAUUCAUAACGAAUUCGGUGCAUGGACCUUGGUUGCAACCAUCAGUCCCAAACGGGGCCACACAAAAGGGGAGAUAAACAAGAGCUGAUCCCUAUUCCAAAUUUUGUUCGGGGUUUCUUACAAUCUGACUACCAUAACUUGUCUCUCUAGUUAGUGUGCACAGGUAAGCAAUCUACUUCCACCUGGAGUAUUCCCUCGCUGACUGUGGAAAUAAACACUCAGCUGCAAAUAGAGUUUUAAUUUACCCAAAUAUAUACAUAGAUUUUCCUUCAGAUGGUUUUAGGCCCAUUGGGUGGUUACUAUCCCUAGAUUUUGGCUUAGAGAAGCGACUUUCUGAAGUUUAUGUAAAUGAACAUCACUGUGUGCAUGUUUGUGUGCGUGCAUGAAUAAGUGUGUGUGUAGGUGCGCGCGCACGUGCGAGUGUACUUAUUUUCACCUCGUGCUGUGUGUUUUUUCGUCUUUUUGCUGCAUCCUGACGACCACUCGUCCCCAGUUCACAUAUUAACCCUUAACUUAUUGUGACCUAUGUUUGUGAUGUGCCAGGAUUCAAUCAGAUAUAUUAUAAGAUAGAAGAUACUUUCACUGUUGUUGACGAUGACGGCGCUUGUGCUCAUAUCUCAUGAUGUUUUAUUACUCCCCUAAGAAUCGGUAGAUUCGUAUGUUCUUGAAGAUAUUAUUAGUUCCUCAUAAAGAAUCUUAAUUCAUCCCUUAUUCCAGAACCUUCGAAACACACUCUCUGUCUCACUUAACGAACAGAAUAAUAACUUUGAAGAUCUGAACUCGUUGGGGAUUUGUUUCCAAUUAUCUGUUAGCAUUAAAAUGGCAACUGGUGUGAUUUGUUUUCUUUUGCUUUGUCGCAG